AUGAAUACAUACACAUUGAUCGCAGUUGUGAUCAUAGUUUAUCUUAUUUUAGAUUUUAUUUAUAAGAUUAGGAGAUUGACAAAGGAUGAUGCGCCAGGUCCAAUGCCAUUGCCAUUGAUUGGUAAUCUACAUCAAGUGGGUCCUUCUCCACAUAUUGGUAUGGCCAAACUAACAGAGAAGUUUGGACAUGUUAUGAGAAUAUGGCUUGGAGAUAAUUAUCAUAUAAUCGUUUCGGACCCUGCAAUUGUUCGCGAGAUGGUAGUUCGCAAUCAGGACAACUUCACCAAUCGUAUACAAUCACCUAGUCUCGAGAUCAUGAGCAAGGGAUACCUCAACAUGGUAGUUGGUCGUGAUGAGCAUUGGUCACACAUCCGAAAGCUCGUCUCCAACUCCUUCACCAAGACCAAGUUGCGAUCAUUCAGCAGUGCUAUCGAAGAGCAAGGUGACCACCUCAUCACCAAGUUGAGGCAAUUCGAGAAGGAUAACCAAAGCCCAAGAGAUAUUAUGGAUAGUUUGAUCAUUGAUGCCAAGGGCGAACUUAAGGACUCGGUGAUCAUGGUCGGCGUUGACUUUAUUAUUGCAGGAACAGAGACGAGCGCAUCGACGAUUGAGAUGUUCAUGAUGUAUAUGAUCAAUCAUCCAGAUAUACAGGCAAAGGUCGCAAGCGAGUUGGCCAGCGCAGUGGGUCCAGGCAACCGUGUGACCUUUUCUCAUCGUCCACACGUGCCCUACACAGUGGCCGUGAUCAACGAGGUGAUGAGGAUCAGGCCCGUGGUGGCCUUGGCGCCACGCGAGUGCAAGGAGGCAUGCAUGCUCGGUGGAAAGUACUAUGUGCCCGCUGGCACACAGCUGUUCGUCAACCAAAAGGCGAUGAACUUCCAUCCUGAUCAUUGGGAUCAGCCAGAGAAGUUCAACCCGGAACGAUUCCUACUCAACGACAAGUACAAAGAUGUAUUCCUGCCAUUCAGUGCUGGACCACGUAACUGUGUUGGAAUGAACCUUGCCAUUGAAGAAGUCUUUGUCGGCUGUGCCAACAUCCUACACAACUUCAUCCUGUCAUCCUCCAACAACCAACCCAUCCACGAAGAAGAAGUCUUUGGUCUAACCAUCAUGCCAAUUCCAUUCCAAGUAUGUGUUAAUAGUCGUUAU